UUGUUGUAAAGUUAUGAGUGUGUCUCUACAAACAACUGCAGUCAUGUGACACUGAGCACUUACUGACUGACUCACUCCACUGUUGCCAUGUCCACACUUAUCUUUUCUUAACGUCUGCUACGACUUUCAAGUCCUUACUCUACUAGAAAUGCUUAUCUCUUACUAUAUCUUGAGUGAAUAUGUCUUUCACUUUCCGUAGAUCUCUCUAUUCUUCUCCUCUGGCUUUGUAUGAGUGUAAACUUCACCUCCUCCCCUCCUCCCUACCCUCUCCAUGAGGCCUCUGUACUCUGCCUCGCAGAGCCGGACUCGGAGGCCUCUCUUUUGCGCCCUCCGAUUGGCUGAGGCUCACCACAUGGUCGAAGGAGUGGGCUGCCCCGCUCCGCUAUCCGCCCAGCUCUUUGGGUGUUCACAUGGAAUAACUCUACAGCUGCAGUGGGAAGAGAGCAGGGACCGGGAAAAAGACAAGAGGGGGAGAGACGGCGAGCCCAAAAUGGACAUGGCUAACCUAUUCAAACAUUUCUUUCGAAUUGGGAAGGUGAAGAGCAGAAAGGGGGGAAUGAGAGACACGGCCUCCAACGCCGACUCGGACAUGUACGCCGACAACGGCGAGCGGCUGUACGACCUCAACCUGCCCGCCCUGGUCAAGUUCAGCUACACGGCGGAGCGCGAGGACGAGCUGUCCCUGGUGAAGGGCACGCGGGUGGUGGUGAUGGAGAAGUGCAGCGACGGCUGGUGGCGCGGCAGCUACAGCGGACGCUCGGGCUGGUUCCCGUCCAACUACGUGACGGAGGACGUGGACGGGACGGCGGGGGGCGGCGGCGGCAUGGGCGGGCUGGGAGACCCCGCCGGGUCGCUGACGGAGAAGCUGGCCGCCGUGGUGAACAGCACCGCCAACGGGAACCGGGUGCUGCACACGGUGCAGGCGCUCUACCCGUUCAGCUCGGGCAACGACGAGGAGCUGAACUUCGAGAAGGGCGAGGUGAUGGAGGUGGUGGAGAAGCCGGAGAACGACCCCGAGUGGUGGAAGUGCCGCAAAGCGGACGGACAGCUGGGCUUGGUGCCCAAGAACUACGUCACCGUGCUGGACUCCGCCCCCCACAAAACCUCGGCGGGGCCGGCGGGGCCGCCCACGCCCGACUGCGACUACAUCUCGCCGUCGGGCAGCGGCCGCUUCGCGGGGAAGGAGUGGUACUACGGCAAAGUGACGCGCCACCAGGCGGAGGUGGCGCUCAACCAGAGGGGCACGGAGGGAGACUUCCUCAUCCGGGACAGCGAGUCGUCGCCCAACGAUUUCUCCAUCUCCCUGAAGGCGCAGAGCAAGAACAAGCAUUUCAAAGUGCAGCUGAAGGAAAACCUUUACUGCAUCGGACAGCGCAAGUUCAACUCCAUGGAGGAGCUUGUCGAACACUACAAAAAGGCGCCCAUCUUCACCAGUGAGCAGGGAGACAAACUGUACCUGAUCAAGGCCCUGGCCGCCUCCUGAUCAGCACACUUUUUCUUUCUCACACACACACAGACAUACAACACAUACACACACACACACAUAUAUAAUACAGAUACACCCGAACACACACUAACAUUUCAGCUCCAGGCCUGAAGACUUAACACAUCGUCAGAACUGAAAAGCCUGAUCUGUGAGCAUUCCAAGAGGACGAGUGGGAAAAGGAUGGGAGGAACCCGGAGGAGGGAGACGAGACUUUAUGGACUCCUGAGAGUUGACUACAGACCUCUUGGUCGCCUAUUUUAAAUUAUCCAGAUGUGUUAGGUCAUAGGCAAUGCCAUGUAUUUCCACCUUGAUAUCUUAUUAGAGUUGCAUUUAGUUCCUUUUUUUUUUUUUUUUUUUUGAUAAUAUAUAAUCUUUUUAACAAUUUCUUUUAAGAAUGUGAUUUUUUUUUUAAACUGUAAACAGAACAUGAGAACCACCUGCCUGAGGCAUUCUUCAGCACAUUUCAGAUCCUCCAGGUCUCCGUUUCCACUCGCUUCUUCGUCUUAUUGCGCUCUUCGUCAGACACACUAAUCCUCAACUUCUGCUAACAACUAAUCAAUAAAAUCGAAGUGACCAAAAUAUAUUUAUUGACACCAGUCUGUUAGGAUACAUGGCAUCGAGAUUGGAAUAGACAUCUUUAUCUUCUUCUUAAGCAGUGGGGGAUUCCUCUAGAUGCUCGUCUUUGUACAACCGAACUGCUUGUCUCACAUAUUGCUGUAUCCACGUCAUGUGAAUUUUAGAGCAGAAGCACCACAGUGAGGAAUAGAAAUAUUGUUCUAACUGAAGAACAAAAAAAAAAAAAAAAAAGGUUUGACAGUCCAGUGUUCGAUAUGGAGGUGAAGUCCUUUUCAAAUGUCCCCGAACAAGAGUCCCGGUUCAGUGGAUGAAAACUCGUCCGUCUUCCAGCGUUGAAAAGGGGACGAUUACAGUAGUCACACACACACACACACACACACAUACACACACACACACAGCCUACAGAGGGGAAAUGGAGAGCCGGUCCGGAGGAUGAAGUCAUCCCUCCUGAAUUAGUGAUCGCUGGAGGGAAUGGAGGAGUUGAGGGGGUCACGCCGGGGUCGCGCUGGCCUGGCUGCAGGACGUAUACAUCACGCCCUCUUCCUUCAGCCGACGUGGGGGCGGGGGGGGGGGUUUCAGAAAACAACUUAUGGCAAAGCGCUGAUGAAAAGAAAGUAAUCUGAUUGGAAAUCCUCGUUUCCUUGUGAUGUUUGGGGCGUCUGUUUCCGUGACGAAUGCGUCCGAAGGGCGAGUUGAGGCGUCCCCCGCUAGUUCGAGGCCCGGGUCGGCGUGGAGUCGGAAUACGGCGCCGGGAGGUGUUUUCAGCAGCACACAUGGUUCUUAUUUACAGUGGAGGUCUCUGGUGGUGAGCGAGUAUUUGUUGAGUGAAAGUGGACCAAGUAGCGUUUGAAUGUUUGGAGGGGGCGGCGAGCGCCGCCGCUGCCUGCAGCAGCAGCAGCAGCAGCGCCUGGCGGGGAGCUGGACGACGACGAAGAUGAUGAUGAUCAUCAUCAUCAUGAUGAGUUCUCCAGCUGUCGCUGGGGAAGAAAAAAAAAAAGAAUCUUGAGAGUAUCUGGAAAGCCACGCCCGGCCGAAUACAUGAACACACUCCUGAUGUGUCGCAGCUGAGAAGUGAGCCGCUAAUCCGAGCGUGAAAAAAAAAAAAAAAACCCUCACGCCACAGAGAACACAAAACAAGGGCGUGAGCCCGGCGGUCCCCAGGUGAUUGACGGAGCUAUUCAUACCACAGCCGCCUUUAGAUUGUUCCCUCGUUUUCAGAGUUAUGAAACAAUCGACUCUCGGUCUGAUUUACGGCGGGGUCAAAAGGGCGUCUGCUAAUUUUACACGUACAAUACCGGAGUCCGCGUCUGAAUUAAAGUCAGAUUAGAUCUUAUUAAAGAAUACAAAAAAACAACAUUCCAGGAUGAAAAGGCUUCAAGGUGGGAUUAUUAGAUACCUAACAUGUUGAUUCUUGAGUAAUUUCGCUUUAUUUGUGCCUGUUGGUCAGCUGUUUGUCGUUUUACCAGCAUGUUUCUCACCUGUUCUCAUGUGUUUUGGCCAAAUGUCCCUCCCCGGCCUGCGGUCCUGCAGCGUCUGCCUGAAGUGGCGAACGCAACGCGCCGUGCCCCAGUUUGAAGGAUUUAGGAGAUUUUAAUGUGCCUUCACAGCUUUUUGUCAACCAAAGGUUUAGCGUCCCUUUUUUUUGUUUUUUGUUUUGUUUUUAUCUGUGCUUCCCACUUCUCCCGUCACUGCUGUGUGCUGCUCGGUUAAAGGUUUUCUCUGCAUGAGCGUCAGUCGGGUGAUCAGUCAUGUUCUUGGAAGUCUGAAAACGGCGCCGUUGGGGAAACGUUUCCGCACGUAGGCCGAAAAUGUCAGUCGUGUCUUUUUUUUGUUUUUUUAAUUUUCUUUUUCCCCUGUCAUGCAUUAAAUGCCCAUCAGUUGAUAUUGUGCGUGGUUUCAAGUGACCUUACCACAGUGGAGCUCAUGACGUGAACGGUGAAUGCCUACAUGUAAAGUGUGAGAAGACGAAGGAACUCCAGGUGUGAUACAAUCAUGACCUGAAUCUCGCCAACGGCGUCGCAGUCGCUGGUUGUGAGGAAACCGUCACGGUUUCUGAGGAUAGUUUUUUUUUUUUUUUUUUAAUGUCUCUGUAAAGCUAUUGUAAGACAUCCACUUUUACAGUCUAGCCACUUCAAUAUGUA